AUGGCGCAGAAUCGCGAAUUUUACAAGUAUUUCCAGCUGCCCCAGCGCCGUGGUUUCCUACAUCAACCACCGGUCACCCCAGCCACAGAAGCCGCGGAGAAGGAGCUGCUGCCGCAAUCCUCCCACGAUACGACACUGACGGCGCUGGCACAGUUGGGUGCCUUGCGGCUGAGUGCACAACGAUGUAUGAUCUCUCUCUUCGAUCACCACAACCAGUUCAUUUUGGCCGAAUCCACUCGCACCCUAAGUCUCCAGAAUGGCCGGGUCCAUUCCGAGGGCGAUGCUCUGUGGCUAGGAAGCAGCGUCAUUCGGAAGCUGGAUGGCAUCUGUCACUACGUCUGCGACAACGCACAGCUCAAUGCGGGGCAAGAGGAGCAAUCGGGGGCAUACUUCGCUUUGAUCAUUCCGGAUUUGAUGAAGGACGAUCGAACGAAGCAGCGCCAAUACGUCCAGAACGCACCCCAUCUGAGAUUUUACGCCGGAGUUCCGAUCAUCAGUCGGCGUGGUAUCGCCAUCGGCGCAUUUUCCGUCUGUGACGGGGCGCCGCGCUCAGGUCUAGAUUUACUGGAGCUCCGCUUUAUGAGAGAGACGGCAGCGGCUAUCAUGAAUCACUUGGAAAUGGUUCGUUCCAAAGAGCAGAAUCGCUUGGGGGCUAAUAUGAUUGCGGGUCUGGGGAGCUUUGUCGAAGGUCGAGUAUUUCCAUCAGACAGCGCCCACAGCACUACAACCAACCGCAGUAGCGGGGCAAACCCUGCCUGUCCGCCGACGGGUCAGCGAUCGGGGCCCGAUGGGCACCGCCCAGCUCAGGGAAAGACAGGAAACGCCUCGGUGCACAGAGUGGAGGCACCGGAAGCACGGGUAUCCGAAUCGGCAUCGUUGGCUAAGGAUAGCAAUGAUCAGCAGACGACGCUGUCAUCGGGCACAAAGGAAAUAUUUCAGCGGGCAGCCAAGGUACUACAGGAGUCCAUGGAGGUGGAAGGGGUUAUUUUUUACGACGCGAGUGUAAACAGCUAUGGGACCUUGUUACGUACUUCGGACGAUCGCAGCUCGGACAUUGAAGGCAGCGUUUCCGGAGAUGGAAACUCAGGGAGCGAUAGGGAAAACGCUGCUACGGGCGUUUCAUCCUCGGAAGCCGAUGAUUCAGCCUUGUGUGAUGUGCUUGGGAGUUCGACAGUGGGGGAUCUGGAUCAACCGGUUGGGGGUAUGUGCGAGACCUUUCUACGCUCUCUUCUUCGCCAUUAUCCGCGCGGGGGGAUCUUCAACAUUGACGAAAGCGGUGGGAUCUCAUCUAGUGAGGGAAGUGAUAGUGCGCCCAAUAGUAGCGUCACGCGAGAAGUCCUGUUCCGCCAUAUGGAACGGGACCAGCCUCCGCAGCUGCGAUCGAAGAAAAAGCGGCAAAAAUGGAGUGCCCAGGAAGAGAGCAGGGUCCUGGUUAAAACUUUUCCAUCUGCAAGGAGUCUGGCCCUGUUUCCCUUAUGGGAUUCGCGACGCAAUCGCUUGUUCUCGGCAAUGAUUGUGUGGACCAAUUCACCCAGAGUGUUCAGUCUGCGAGGAGAGCUUGCAUAUUUAUAUGCAUUUUCCAAUAGCAUCAUGGCAGAGAUACAUCGCUUGGACAUCGAACUGGUGAAUAAAGCCAACCGCACCUUGGUGAGUAGCAUUUCACAUGAACUUCGCAGUCCUCUGCAUGGCAUUUUGGGCAGCACGGAACUGCUAGGGGAUUCGUCCAUAACGCCGUCCCAGCGCGUCCUUCUGGAGACAAUAGAACAUUGCGGCCGAUCACUUCUCGACAUCAUCAACAAUAUGCUUGACUUCGCUAAAAUCAACCAAUUCACUCGCAAAUCGCGCUCCACGCGAACCAAGGACCGAGUUCGGCGGCGGCGGCAGCAGCGGGCACUGCCUGGACAAUACAUGCCGAAGGACUCUCCUGGGUACGGAGUGGCCAGUCUCACGUCAGAUGUUCCGUUAGAUACCGUCUUGGAGGAAGUGAUCGAUACGGUGUUUGCCGGCCAUUGUUUCUCGAACAAAAGUGGUCUCCAAGCCCCGGACGUUGUACCAAUCCCUCUUGGACACAGGAACGGCGCCAUCAUCCACGACAAUUCACCAUCCGACGUGAUCUCCCACUUCAAUGAAUCCCUCACGGUCAUGUACGAGGUUGAGUCGGGUGCCGGAUGGCUUUUUGAAACCCAGGCCGGUAUCUGGCGUCGGAUUGUCAUGAAUUUGUUCGGGAAUGCUUUAAAAUAUACUCCCUCCGGUUACAUAUUAGUGACACUGAAAGCUGUCCCUCUUCCAACGACAUCCAAGUCGAAACCACUGCCACCCGAUGAUUCUCCCGUGGAAGAAAUGGUAAGAGUGGUCCUCACAGUCAAAGACUCUGGCCAAGGGAUCGAUAGAGAGUAUAUGAAAAGCAAUGUGUUCAAACCCUUCUCACAAGAGGAUGCGAUUUCUCCUGGUAGCGGACUUGGCCUCAGUAUUGUGCAUCAGAAUGUUCUCUCCUUACAGGGUAAAGUUGAUAUCAACUCCAUCAAGGGAAUAGGAACGGAGCUGACCGUUACGGUCGACCUCCCGCGUCUGCUGAAAGCCGGCACAGGGCGCAGUGGAAACGAUUUACCGCCACUACAAAACGCCAAGGAAAGUGUCCGUGGCAAGUCUAUUGGAUUUAUUGGCUUUGACGCACCAUCGACGGCGGAGGAGGAAGUCCAUUCCGUUGUGCGCUCUUCGCUGACUCGUAUGUGUCAGGAGCAUUUUGGAAUGCAAGUCGGCCUUGUUAUGACCGGUGCAGCUGUUCAUGAUAUUUACGACUUUUACCUGGUACUACAUUCUCGUCUCGAUGAAGUAACCCAAGUCUGGAGCCAGACAUUAGCGGCGGAGAGGAAUAAAGGCCGAGACUUCAGGGGAAGCCCUUCGGCUGUUGUCAUUUGCUCGACCCCACAGAUGGCACAGAGGCUGUCCACCAGUGCUAGCCAGGGGGCACCCUCAGGCAUCUUUGAAUUUAUUAGCCAACCAUGUGGCCCGUCCAAGAUGGGAAAUGCCCUCCUGGCGUGCAUCAAGCGCCAACAAGCUCAACUAUCCCAGCCUCUGGCAACACUUGUGGACCCAAAGACUAACAGUGUUACCCACUCGGAUAACUCUAUCCUGGCCGCAUCAUACGCCACGCAAGAUAGCGCGAACCCUGUAACUAUGUCUCUCGCAAGCAUCUCAUUGAAUCAGCCAGAGGCGACCGUUACGGCUCAAGUCCCAUCGGUCCUCCUGGUGGAUGAUAAUGAUGUAAACCUCAAGCUACUGGUCGCGUUCAUGAAGAAAGCCAAAUUCUCGUACCUUACCGCUUCGAAUGGGUUACAGGCCCUAGAAGUAUAUAAAUGGCAUUUUCCAGCGGUCCAAAUUGUACUUAUGGACAUCUCAAUGCCGGUAAUGGACGGCUUAGAAUCAACAAGGGAGAUUCGUUUGUUCGAGAAGAUGCGCCAAGAAAGUAGCAAUGCUGCGACCAAACCUGCUACUAUCAUCGCAUUAUCAGGUCUAGGCAGCGCACAGAUUCGACAAGAGGCAUUCAAUUCCGGCAUGGACUUGUUUCUUACCAAGCCGGUCCGGUUUCAAGAAUUGGUGAAUGAAAUAAAUGGACUUAUAUAG